AGUUGACAAAUUCAUUUCAAAAAUCGAAACGGUACAAUUGAGUACGAUAGGUAAGGGAUGUGUUAAGAACUACAUUACCCAACACGACGGUGACUUGGUUUCCGGUCUGGAGGUCUGGGUGAUUUGCAAAGCAGAAGUCGCUCGGAAGGGAUUAGCUAGCUUGCUAGCAUCUGAAACGUCUGUAGAUGUUGGAAUUUCCGCUAAAUGAGCUACGUUGAACAGCGCUGACACAUCGAGCGACUAUUAGAGCUGAUAUCCCAGCUGUUGCCAUGGCAAUCCUGUUUGCUGUGGUGGCUCGCGGAACCACCAUCCUGGCCAAGCAUGCAUGGUGCGGUGGGAACUUCCUGGAAGUGACUGAACAGAUCUUAGCCAAAAUCCCCUCAGAGAAUAACAAAUUGACCUACAGCCACGGCAGCUAUCUUUUUCAUUAUAUCUGCCAUGACAGAAUCAUAUACCUGUGUAUCACUGAUGAUGACUUUGAGAGGUCACGUGCAUUCAGCUUCCUCAGUGAAGUCAAGAAGCGUUUCCAGACCACAUAUGGGUCGCGAGCGCAAACAGCCCUGCCCUACGCCAUGAACAGUGAGUUCUCCUCAACACUAGCAGCUCAGAUGAAACACCACUCAGACCCACGUGGAUCAGACCGUGUCACUGAGAGUCAGAUGCAAGUGGAUGACCUGAAGGGCAUCAUGGUCCGCAACAUAGACUUGGUAGCUCAGAGAGGAGAGAAGCUGGAGUUGCUGAUUGACAAGACAGAAAAUCUGGUUGACUCAUCGGUCACGUUUAAGACCACGAGUCGUAAUCUUGCACGAGCCAUGUGUAUGAAGAACCUCAAGAUGACUGUUGUCAUUGUGGUGGUGUCUCUGGUGGUCCUUUACAUUAUUGUCUCUGCUGCCUGUGGAGGUCUCAAGUGGCACGGUUGUGUUAGUAAAUGAGAGGAGAGUAGGGAUAAAAGAGACGGAGGUAAAAGAAAAAAGGGUGAGGGGGGAGAAGCGUCUGUUCAACUCUGCCUGCCAAUGGACACAAAAGGAAACACAGCUUUCCUUGCUUUACUCAUCUAGCUUCAACAUCCCGGGAAGACACAUGCUGCUCCUCCUCCUGCCUCCUUCCUCAACCCUUCUUUGAUAGUGUGCACUCUGGCUUGCCUUCUGGACAGGAAGUCCCACCUCAUACCCACGCUAAUGGACAGCAGCCAUGUGGCCUAAAACUGAUUUGGAACAAUAAUCUUGUCAUAUUCUAGUCUGGUACAUUCAUCCUGUUUCAUGCACUUAGUGGCCUGAUGUAUCAGUCUGUGAUACUGUCCUCCAUCUAUCUGUGUAAUUAACCCAUUCAGACCGAUACCAGAAUGAACCAUAAAGAUAGAGAAACAUAGCACAGAUUAUAUUGUUAUUUUGCUGCAUUUCCUUUGAUGAGAGAUACAGGACCUGCAAGUGUAAGUAGCAUUUAGAGAAUAUUGCAGAUUCAUCAAGAAGAACUCCUACAAUACAGUGUCUGGUCCUAGAACUGAAAACUAAUUUUUGACAAAACUGAUGCAGUGUAGAGAUUUUCUGAUUUACAUUAUUUUUUAUCACCAAGCAGAGUAGUAUCUUCUAAAAUGGAUGUUGUAAAAUACCAGAUAUGAUCAUACAAAGAAAUACUGUAUAUUUGAUUGAUAUCACCGAUUCAGAAGAUGUAAGGGUUCCUUGAAAUCAAGCCUGAUUUUUGAGAGAAUCCAUUACUCUUUCCCACCUGUGGACUUGAUAGGAGGCUUGAUCUGCCCUUUACAUUUGCUAGGAUAUUCAGUGUGCCCAUAUGUUCUUUCUGUUAAUCCAAUGCACUUUUUCAUUGUACAUAAAUUUGCUGCCUGGCAUCAGUUGGUUUAUAAUCAUGUAAUUAUUUAAUUAUUGUACAUUCAGAUUUGAAAUAAUAAACUAUGAUGUUAACAAGUGGUUCAUCUCUACAGCUGGAAAACUAAAUAUAUUGCUUUCAUUUCAGCUGGUCACACU